CGCAGCUCACCACCGUCCGAGGGAGCAAGGCCGAGUUAGCGUCAGGGUUGAAACGCCCUGCACCACCCUCGGGCUAUCGAACGAGUUUCUUGAAGUCGAGGACCUCUCGAGUGGACACUCGAGCGUGCUGGAAGUGGAAACUGGGCACCAGAGACGGAGUAAAAAAUAACUAUAGAGCUUUUCAUGGAAGGGAAAAGGGCGUGAGAGCGGCGCAGCAGUAAAGGGGCAACAAAUUCUCGAGCAAAAACCUCCUUGGCGGCGAACCGCGAAGUCGCGAACUCGAACUGCUCGAACAUCUGUCAAGUCAAACGACAACAUUUCGCAAGGGCUAGGUUUACCAAAAUGUCUAGCAAUAUGAGAGAAAGAAUUGUGGCCCUGAUUGACAUGGACUGCUUUUACUGUCAGGUUGAGACAAGGAUCAACCCUGAGCUAAAGGGCAAACCUUUAGCUGUUGUCCAGUACAAUAAGUGGAGAGGCGGAGGAAUAAUUGCUGUUAAUUAUGAAGCACGAGCUUGCGGAGUGACCAGGUCAAUGAGAGGCGACGAGGCUAAAGCAAAGUGUCCAGAUAUUAAUCUUGUUCACGUUCCGUCUAUUAAUGAAAAGGCUGACAUUUCUAAAUAUCGUGAUGCUGGGAAAGAAGUGAUCAAUGUGAUAUGCCAGUUCAGCAGUGCUGUCCAGAGAGCUAGUGUGGACGAAGCGUUUCUGGAUUUGACUGAAGCAGUGGACAAGAGAAUGAAUGGAAACACUCAGGUUUCUGUGGAGCAUUUGAUGUCAACUCAUGUUGUUGGUUUUGAAUCAAAAUUAGAAGACAAAGAGCAAGGAAGGACGGAAUCUGUCAAAGAAUGGCUCAGCGCGGCUUCAUCUUCAAAUAAUGAGCACGACAAAAGACUAGUUGUUGCUUCCAAAAUGCUUGAAGAAAUGCGAGCAGCGAUUUUGAGUCAAACCGGGUUCACUUGCUCUGCUGGAAUUGCUCAUAAUAAGAUAUUGAGUAAAUUGAUUUGCGGCCUGCACAAGCCCAACCAGCAGACCGUUCUGCCCAUAUCCAGAAUUGCCUUCCUGUACGAAACUCUUCCCGUGAAAAAGGUUCGCCAUCUCGGAGGAAAACUUGGGGACGUUUUGGUUGAAAAACUCGGAAUCACUUAUAUGUGCGAGUUGGAAAAAUUCUCUGAGGCUGAAUUGUGCCAGAAGUUUGAACAAAAAAAUGGACAGUGGUUGUACAACAUUGCAAGAGGUAUCGACCAUGAGCAGGUUGAGUCCAGGCUCAUUCCCAAGUCCAUUGGGUGCUGCAAACGAUUUCCGGGGAAAACCUCCUUAAAGACGAAGCAAGAAAUCGAGCACUGGGUCAAUGAGCUUGCCAGUGAAGUGUCUCUGCGACUUGAAAAAGAUAAUGAAGAGAACUGUCGAAGGCCAAGAAAUUUGGUUGUCCAAUGGAGUGCUGAAAUUGGAGCCAGCAACUCAAAGACCGGAUUUUUGUCACACUAUGAUCAGGAGUCUAUAGCAAAGGACGCCAUGAUGCUCCUCAGCAAAUCAAUUGCAAUGGAUAAUAAUAAUUUGAAAGUUCCAUGUCAAUUUUUGGGCAUAAAUGUUGGAAGAUUCACUGAAGAACCAAACAAAGCCAAUUCAAUUGCCAAAUUUUUCAAAGCAUCGUCAAAGGAUAUACCUAUGAACAGACCUCAUGAACCUGCUGAAAGGCAGAAAAUCGGAGAACCAUCGCAGAAGUUGGAAGAAAAGAAGGGGAAAAUUUCGUCAUUUUUUCUUCAAUAUGCCAAAAAUAAGGACCAAAGCAAACCCCCAGAGAAAGUGAAGCCUGAACAAAAGACUGAAAAAAUUGAAGCAGUUGACGAAGACCCAGAAAUUGCCGAUGAGGAAGAAAUCAAUUCAUAUGUGUCGUCACAAGAUGCAAGUUCAGAAGCGUCGUGUCCGCAGUGUGGGGCAGCUGUUACCCUUCUAAAAAUGAGCGAACACUUAGACCACCACAUAGCACAAGAACUGCACAAGCAACUUAAUCAAGCCUCAGCCGUUCACACAGCGCAACCUUCAUCUUCGGUGGUAGCAGUAAAUGUAAACAAGAAAAGAAAGUACACAAAGUCAAAUAAUGAAAAUACCAACUCCAAAAAAACUAGAAGUAUUCAGUCAUUUUUUACUCAAAAGUAAAUCUAGGAGUAUAUUAUUCUCUUCAAAUGUGACCGAAAUUUUGUGAUUUAUAAUUUUUAAUUGCACUCGGGUUGCCUUUAAAAUAAAAUAAUUCUAUAGACUUAUAUUGUUCGUUUUUAUUGUCAUGCUGUAAUUUCCAAUCAAUAACAUACGAUUGGCAAGCUCCAGGUUUGCAGGCGGACAAUUCUAGGUUGCCUCUUGUUUUAUAGCCAUGUGUCUCGAGUUUUCUAUUAAAUAAUAAAAAGUCUGAAAGUAAACAUUUCUCAUAAAAUAUGAUGUCAAUGAUGGUUCCGGCCAUCAUUGAAAAUGUAUAUAUUUAUAAAUAUUCAACGUCAUUUUUUGCUUUUUUUUAUAAUCUCAUCAAUGAGAAUUAGAAAUAAAUAUCAUCGGCGGUUUUACAUGUUUUAAGUUAGUCAUACAUUCUUAAAAUAAAAGAAAAAAAUGGCUUUCUUGAAUGCGUUGCAAAGUGAAAAAUAAAAGAUUAUCAUUAUCCAUACUAAUUGUCGUUGCAUUGGAAUGUUUUGAUUCAGCCACAUCAAACAGAUCUCGUUACCCUUUCAAUGUAUCUGCUCUCUGAAAAAAUCUGAACUUGGUCCCUCAAAAAAGUAUAUAGUAUAUAUGCAUGGCUGGAAAACAAAUAUAGAGAGAUGCUGGAUGCCAAAAAGUGGUUCUUUGAUUUGUCAGAGAUGAAAAACGUUAAAUUCAAAGCAGAGAGAGGAAUGUGUCUUGCUGCGACGAGGGCGCGGAACUUCUACUUGGAGUGGACGAGGUUGAGGAACUCCUCGCGCGUUUUGGGGUCAUCUCUGAAGACGCCGAGCAUGGUGCUGGUCACCGUCUUGC